AUGUCCUCAUCCUUCUUACCCUUUGCGACGGGCCUGUUUUCAAGAAAGCGCAAGAACCCCUCGAGGGGAGUCACUGCCGCGACGCCGGCCGUCGCGUCAUUGUCGUCCACGCUCGACGCUCCACGCACCACCCAACCGCGUGACGGCUCGCAGACCUCGUCCAACACGGCAUCGACAACGUCCACCUCAAAAUCCUUCCUCCCCUUCGGUAACCCCGAGACGCACUACAAGCCACGCAAGGUGCCAUCGUUUGACGCGGGCCACUAUUCUCACCACCACCGAGGCGGAGGCGGCGGCGGGUCUCGAAAGCGUGACUCUGCUCCCUUUCAGCAGCAACAGCAGCAGCAACAGCACCGCCCGCUCUCACCGUCAGCCUCGGUCCCACCCACAUUCCUUCACGCCCCCGCUUCACCCUUUCAGCACAACUCGCCCGGCUCGUCGAUCGGGUCGACCAGAUCAUACCCCACGCAGAGCAGCUCAUGGAGUGACCAACAGGAUUUCUUGCCCCAAUGGGAGCGUCCGGCGAUCUGGCGGGCGCCGAGCCGUCGUGACACCAGCCGAUCGCCGCCCGACAGUGGCCCCGCCACUGCUGCGAGCAAUGCCAGCCACGAGGUUAUCCUCGUGCCUCUCCCUUCACCAGCUCCUCUUUCUACUUCAAACUCCAAGAACGGCCUAUCUCCCUACGACGAAGACUCUGAUGAGGCACCUCUCGACGCGCUCGAAGUGCUCGAAAUCUUCUACGAGGAGGCAGUGCCACUGCCGGCUUGGAUGGAGGAGGCGCUGAGGGAGGAGCCGCCUACAUCACCCCCACCUUCCCCCUGGCCCGGUGCUCGAGUUCUCAGGCAGAACACGGGGUGGCAGUAUUUCCGCCGUGCGCUCUCCGACGCCGUCAACGAUCAGAGCAAGCGUCGUUCCAAGCUUCAUACCACCCUCGCCUCGGCAGAGUAUGACCAAUCGCUCUUCUCUUCGUCCCAGAGGAGUGACGUUUGA